UCAAAUACUCAAAGAAGCAAGAGCGGAGACAGACAGUGGAGAAGAGCACUGCAUUGACUCACAGCAGCUAAAAGAUUUACCUGUUUGUUACACUUUUAGCGUCUCCUCGACGUGAGAAAGACUCGAAGUAGCGUGGAAAACCUGUUUUCCUUUUAAUUUUCUCAAAGGUUACUGGCAGAGACACAGUAUUUGGACGCUGAGUAGCACCAUUUCAGAGGUCAUCAUGCCUCCAACAACGCCAUAUGCUGGGAAGUUCAGCUCCUGCGUCCCUUACAGCAGCAAUGCCAACCACCAACAACCUACCAGCCCGUACCGGAGCAGCACUGUCCCGAAACCUGCGAGGGAGAACAUCUACAACGGCGCCUACUCUGUUGGAGAGAACCCCUACGACAUACCUCAGCCUCACAGCGGGGCUUAUCGGAGCGCCUCUGUCUCCUCUGUGAAUGCGAAGGAGCAUCAUUACACCAGCUGCGCUCUGUCUGAAAACCCAUACUCCUCGCCGCAGCCUCACAGCCCUCGCCAGCACAGCACUUCCUGUCCAGGCCGCGCACAUCGUCACACGAGCGGCAGCAGCGGCAGCAGCAGCGACCAGUCCUGUCGUAACAACAACAACGUAGCUGCGGCGAAAGCGCGGUUUUACGGACACGGCGUCACCACCAGCUACGGGGAGAUGUGUUACCAUGACAAUAGCUUGGUGUCUGCAUCUCUUGAGGCUCUGAUCCAGCACCUGGUUCCCACAGUGGACUACUACCCUGACAGGUCGUAUGUGUUCACUUUCCUGCUGAGUUCACGCCUCUUCCUGCCCCCCUACGAGCUCAUGACGAGGGUUUGUCACCUGUGUGUGGAGCAGCAGCGGUCUGGAGAUGCCCUGCUGGAUAAGAUUCGUUUCCGUGAGGUGGCCCCUAAGCUGGUGCAGCUGCUGACCGAGUGGACUGAGACGUUUCCAUACGACUUCAGGGACGAGAGGAUGAUGCGCUGCCUUAAAGACAUGACGCUUCACGUGGCCCGAGGGGACGAGUACUCUUGGCGAGCCAUGCAGCAGAUGACCCAGCGUCUUAUCAAACGCCUCUCUGCCCUCGGCCAAUACGAGGAGGCUGUGGCUGCGCUCAAUGCGGCGGCAAUGGAGCGUCCCGCUUCCUUGAAGAGCAAGCAAGCAUCAGCUCAGCGGAGCGACGUACUGAGCAUGUGCGACGAUCCCUUCGUCCUCGCCCAGCAGCUUACACACAUUGAACUGGACCGACUGAGUUUUAUUGGUCCCGAGGAGUUCAUCCAGACGUUUGCCAUGAAGGAUCCUCUGGAGAACCAUAAGGGUUUCUUUCGGAAACGUAAAACUAGCAACCUGGAAGCUUACGUCAGCUGGUUCAACAGACUGAGCUAUCUUGUGGCCACUGAGAUCUGUAUGCCGAUGAAGAAGAAACACAGAGCGCGGAUCAUAGAGUUCUUCAUCGAUGUUGCUCAGGAGUGUUUCAACAUUGGAAACUUCAACUCUCUCAUGGCCAUCAUCACUGGGAUGAACAUGAGUCCUGUCGCCAGACUGAAGAAAACCUGGAAUAAAGUCAACACGGACAAGUUUGAAAUUCUGGAGCACCAGAUGGACCCAUCCAGUAACUUCAGUAACUACCGCACUGCGCUCCGCGGUGCUACCCAGAGGUCUGAGACCGCACACAGCAGCCAGGAGAAGAUUGUGAUUCCUUUCUUCAGUCUCCUCAUUAAAGACAUCUACUUCCUGAAUGAAGGCUGUGCCAGUAGGCUGCCCAAUGGACACAUAAACUUUGAGAAACUCUGGGAGCUUGCAAAACAGGUGAGCGAGUUCCUGGUUUGGCGUCAGGUUGUUUGUCCGUUCGACAGAGACCGGCGAAUCCUUCAGUACCUUGUCACAACACCCAUUUUCACCGAAGACGAGCUGCAUCUGGCUUCGUAUGAGAGUGAAGGACCAGAGAACAACAUGGAGAAAGACAGUCGCAGGUCACUUCGAUCUUCGCUUCUCCAUCGAGAGAAUCGGACCUAAGGCCAGGGAUAUCUCUGCUUUAAAGACUGAAAAUUAAUCAGGUGUCUUAAAGCUACAGGUUUCUCCGUUUUAUAAUAUGGACACAGAAGAUUCUUAUGGCCACAGUUAAGAUGUUGGACUUCAAACAAGCUGGGACCACAUCCUGCCUAUAUUACUGUAUUUGGGCUUUGAGAUCACAAGGAGCACUCCACAGAACUCAUUCCAUAAAAUUCAUCCAGUGCCAAAGAAGCCCAUUUUAUGUUAUUAUUGUAACCUCUUUUCCAACAAGUCUUCAUGGAUUUAAAUCAUUUAUGAAGCUAAUGAUUCUCAAGAAGAGCCUGGAUCAGCUGUGCUGCUUCUGUAAAAUCAGCUCUGUCCAAGGCGCUCAGAGAAUAUCAGACGACUGGCCAGAGGUCUGCAGACUGGGUUUAUACCUCCAGCGGUUGCCACACUUUCCUCAUAUUGUGGAUUGACUUACACGCUGAAGGGAAGGUUUCAUCUCUAAACGAAGUCAUCGUGGACCUAAAUGAGUUUCAAAGCUACAUUAACGCUCCUUGCCUGCAGAUAUCGUUGCUGAGGACCACAGAGAUUUGAAAUCUCAAAGGAAAGGACUGACUUGCAUCGAUUUGCGUUAUAAAUAACGGGCUAACAGCUGCUUGUGGUAUUGCUGCUUGUCUUGUUGGAUGCCUCAGUUUUAAUGCUAACACCUCGAGCAGAACCUGCACCACAUCCACUCCAUUAGCUCCCACUUUGCACUGUCAUUUGAUAUCUUUGUGUAAUGGAAGCUCAUAAUACGUGGCAGUACAUCAGCAACAUUAUUCCAGUGUGCAUUGACACGGUGCUUUUAUCAACCACAUGUUAUUCAGUGCUAAGCAUUUUGUGAUGUGCACACUUUGACUCUGGUGGUGAUACAAAACUGUGUAAGUGACAGCAACAUAAUAACCAUGCAGACUACAUUAAAAUGCACUUCAGAGUGUUCUUGUGUAAUAUAGGCAACUUUCUAUGCUAUAGUAUUAAGUCGUAUUUUGUAUCAGAAGGCUGAAUUUUUUUUUUUUUAUGUACUUUAUUUGAUGUUCUGCCAGGAGCUUGUUUUUUGGCUGGUUUUGUGUUGUUAAGCUAUCAAACACCAGUUUACAUAUUAAAAAAAAACACUAUUAUGAGUGCAAACUGAUGUGUGUGUGUGUGUGUGUGUACAGAAACAGGAUUUUUAUUCUUCUCAUCUCAGCUGUGUUGAUGUGUGUGUGAUCCACUUGUGAGUGCUGUGUUUUAUGUCAUUUUAUUUGUCAUAUAUGCUACUUUUUUGUGUAUCUUUUGUGUCAUCAGUCAGGGUACUUGUACUGAAGGUCUUUGUGUAAAGAGAAUGAUCUAUUUUCUUUCAAAUAAAAGAAUCAUGAAAA